CUUUGACGAAGAACAACAACAGAGUGUGAAUUGGGAUCGAUUUGGACUGAUUGCACAAAAUCCCCAAAUCCUAGAGCUCCGUUUUCGGAAUUAUAACGCCGGACACAAGCUUUUCAGUGAAUUCUGUAAUUCCCAUUGCAUAGAACUUGGAGGGAAAGAGAGAGAUCUAAAAAGAGUGGUUGUUUUUUUUUUUUUGACUUUUUCCCUCUUUUUUUUGUUUGUUUCAUCAUCGGCAUCUGAUUUCGAGGCUGAGUUCGAGUUCUCUCCUUGUUCGGGUGCGAUGAAUUCUUAAGAAGAAGAAGACAGAAGAAAGAAGAAAGAUGCGUAGAGAGAUCUCGUUUUUGGUACAGCCCAGGUGCCUUCUUCUCCUGGUUGCCCUCACCAUUUUCCUCAUCUUCGCGCUCUCCAACACCGGAAAAGAGGAGGAUAAGCAAGUAAUCGAGGAUUACGAAAUCACACACAGAGUAUAUCUCGAUGUUGAUAUCGAUGGCCAACGCUUAGGUAGGAUCGUUAUUGGACUAUAUGGCACUGUUGUGCCCAAAACUGUAGAAAAUUUCAGGGCCUUAUGCACAGGAGAGAAAGGAAAAGCUUCAAGCGGAAAGCCUCUACAUUAUAAAGGAACACCGUUUCAUCGUAUAAUAUCUGGAUUUGUAAUCCAAGGAGGAGACAUUGUCAAUGGCGAUGGAAAAGGGAGCGAGUCAAUUUAUGGCGGUGCCUUUCCUGAUGAAAAUUUCAAGAUAAAGCAUUCACACGCAGGUGUUGUAGCGAUGGCUAAUACAGGACCCGAUUCUAAUGGCUCACAGUUCUUUAUCACUACUGUCAAGGCUAGCUGGUUGGAAGGAGAACAUGUUGUGUUUGGGAAGGUGAUACAAGGAAUGGACACUGUAUUCGCCAUUGAAGGUGGAGCUGGAACUUACAGUGGCAAACCCAGGAAGAAAGUUGUGAUUGCUGAUUCUGGAGAGAUUCCUAAAGACAAAUGGGAUGAAGAAAGAUGACAAAGACAACCCAAGUUACACAUCUCAGCAAAUCUGGUUCUGGUCUUGUGAUAUCCUCUCUGUUUUUUUUUUUCUUUCUUUUUGCUGAUGUAAUGAUCUGAAUUCUGAACACGAUGCCCCAAUGUAGUUAGUGUUUAAAGCUGGAAGCAUUUGUAGCUCUUCGCUUAAGGUUUUUUCUCCUAAAUUUACUUUAUUUAUAUGAUUUUCUAGUUCAGUCUACAGUUAUAUUAUGUAGAUAUCUGAUAUUUAUGACAGGUUGAAUUGUUG